AUGGGUCAACCGUCUCAUCCCGCCAGCAACGCUCUCAUCUACUGCACUUAUGCAGCUUUUCUCGUCUUCGGUCUUUUCAUCGCCUGGAGACUGCGGGGCCAGUCGACAGGGCAAUGGCUGUCUGCCAAUCGGACUCAGAAGGCAAUUCCCCUGGCACUGAACUUCAUUGCGUCUGGUGAGUGCCGUCAUCGAGCCCACGACGCCAAACUCAACCGGCAGGCCAUCGGUGGACGACAAUAA